GGCGUGGCUUUGGGUGGGUGGGCUUCUCCAGCCCCAUCCCAGAGUCCAGCUCCUGGCUCCUCCCUCUCUCCCCUUCUCUCCUCUGUGGGGCUCUGCUGGGCCAGGAGCCGGGCAGGCAGCAUGACCCUCGGGCUCCCUGAGGCCGCCAUGCUCCAGGAGUCAGUGACCUUCAAGGAUGUGUCUGUGGACUUCACCCAGGAGGAGUGGGGGCACCUGGCCCCCUCUCAGAAGGAGCUGUACCGGGAGGUGAUGCUGGAGAACUAUGAGAACCUCCUGUGCCUAGGCCUGGCCAUUCCCAAGCCAGAGGUGAUCUGCCAGUUGGAGAGAGGGGAAGCCCCUUGGAUGCCAGAGGGAGAUGCCCCCCAGAGCCCCUGUGCAGGUUUGCAAGCUAUCCCUGACCCCAAGAUGUCAGCACCAAAACUUGGCAUGUCUUCAGAAAAAUCGUCACCAGAACAGCCCACAGAUGAUCGUCCCUGUUUCUCCAAGUGGGAAGAAGCUUCAGAACCUAAUGCCAGGAUAAAAAGGAAUGGGCAUAAUGAAGAGAUCCACACGAGAAUUCAUACUGGAGAGAAACCUCAUAAAAGUGAUGACUAUGGGAAGGCUUUGCCCAAAGGCUCACAAAUUACUGAACUUCAUAGAAUUCAUAAUAGAAAGAAACCUUAUAAGUGUAAUGAAUGUGGGAAGGCCUUUAGCCAGCGUUCACACCUUGAUGGACACCAGAGAAUCCAUACUGGAGAGAAGCCUUAUAAAUGUAAAGAAUGUGGGAAGACCUUCAGAUGGAUCACAGGACUUACCCAACAUCAGAGAAUCCAUACUGGAGAGAAACCUUAUGAAUGUAAUAAAUGUGGGAAGGCCUUCACACAGAGCUCACAGUGUAUUCAACAUCAGAGAAUUCAUACUGGAGAGAAACAUGAAUGUAAACAAUGUGAGAAAGUCUUCAGCCAGAGAUCUCAACUCAUUGUACAUCAGAGAACUCAUACUGGAGAGAAAACCUAUGAAUGCACUGAAUGUUGGAAGGUCUUUAAAUGGCACUCACAUCUUACUAAGCACCAGAGAAUUCACACUGGAGAGAAACCGUAUCAAUGUGCUGAAUGUAGGAAAACCUUCAGUUUCAGAACAGGCCUUACUGUACAUCAGAGAGUUCAUACUGGAGAAAAACCUUAUAAAUGUAAUGAAUGUGGAAAGGCUUUUAGACAGAUCUCACAUUUUAAUGUACAUCAGAUAAUUCAUACUAGAAAGAAAUCUUAUGAAUGUAAUGAAUGUGGAAAGACCUUUAGAUGGAGAUCAGAACGUACACUACAUCAGAAAAUUCAUAUUGGUGUAAAACCUUAUGAAUGCGAUAAAUAUGGGAAGGCCUUCACACAGAGUUCACAGUGUACUCAACAUCAGAGAAUUCAUGCUAGGGAGAAACAUUAUAAAUGUAAAGAAUGUGAAAAGGUCUUCAUCCAGAGAUCUCAACUCAUUGAACAUCAGAGAACUCAUACUGGAGAGAAAACUUAUGAAUGUAGUGAAUGUAGGAAGGUCUUCCUGUGCCACUCAUACCUUAUGCAGCAUCAGAGAAUUCACACUGGAGAGAAACCUUAUGAAUGUGAUGAAUGUGGAAAAGCUUUUAGUUUCAGAACAGGCCUUACUGUACACCAGAGAGUUCAUACUGGAGAAAAACCUUAUAAAUGUAAUGAAUGUGGAAAGGCUUUCAAACAGAGUUCACAAUUUAAUGUACAUCAGAUAAUUCAUACUAGAGAGAAAUCUUAUGAAUGUAAUGAAUGUGGAAAGACAUUCAGAUGGAAGUCAGAACUUAUUCUACAUCAGAGAAUUCAUAUUGGUGAGAAACCUUAUGAAUGUAAUAGAUGUGGGGAUGCCUUCAGUCAGAGGUCAAAACUUACUCUUCAGAGAAUUCACACUAGGGAAAAAUGCUAAAAAAAGAAUGUGAAGACUGAUGAGGUCAUGAGGCAGAGCACCCCAUGUACAAUACAUCAGGUGAUUCCCAGAACCACAGAAGAUCAGUGUUGGAAGGUCUGUCCCUGCACCCUCCAUCUUGUCCUCUUCUGCUUGUUCCUGGAACUCAGUGUGCAAGUCAUCACUAUAACGCAUCUGCAGUUUCUUUCCAACCUUCUAAAAACAUGGAAUCAUGGGAUUUUAAGUAUAGAGUUGGAAGGGACCUCAGAGACCUUUGAGUCUAGCCCCCCCCCCUUUUACAUAUGAAGAACCUGAGGCCUGUGGACAUCAAGUGACUUGUCCCAGUUACACAGGGUUUACCCAGGUCUCACCAGGAGGUUGACAAAAAAGCUACCCUUGUCCCUCCACCCAUGGUCUCUAUGCCAGAUGGUCUGAACUGCUCUCAGAGUUGUCAGUGAGCUCCUAAUUACCAAAUAAAAGAGACUCUGGUUUGGUCCUUAUCCUCCUUUACUUCCUGUC